AGUAAUCAACGACACCACGAUUCCACGAGUGGUGCUCCAGGAGGAGCCAAGCCCCGCCCGGCCAGCUGGUACCUAAAACCCUACCCCAUUUUCAUGUUCGUCCUCGGAGCCACCCCCACCUCCUCGCUCCUCCGAUGCCACCCGCUCCCCUCGCCUAAAACCCUAGCCCUCGUCCGGCUUCCGCCUCUCCUCCCCUACCGCCCCCGCCUAUCCUCUUCCUCCUCGGCUUCCCCCUCCUCCCCCCGCUGCCGCGCGACCGCGACCGCCGCCGCGAAAUCCGGCGAGAAGAAGCCGCCGACCGCGAGGGCGAAGCGGACCGGCGCGGUACCUGCACCAGCAGCGGCUGCGGUGGGAAUGUCGGCCUCCGGUGGCAAUGGAGGGAAGCGCAGCGUGGCGGACGUGCUGAUGGGGAACGCGCGGGCCGCCGCCAGUAAGGCGAAGAAGGCGGCGCCGUCACCGAAGAAUCCCCGGGCGCAGCCCGCAGCUCAGGCCGACGGCUCGGGGAUCGAACCCGAGGCUGCGGCGGUGGCGGAGAAGCCGCCUUCACCGGUGAGGUCCAAGCGGGCGUCCUCGCCGGCGAAGUCCCCCAAAUCGCCGGCUGACGGGGCAGCUAGGUUGAAGAAGAGGUCCAAAGGUCUAGCCACCGCGGCGCAAUUGGAGGCGAAGGAGAAGUCCCCGUCGCCGAAGAGAUCCGAAACCCUAGCCGCCAAAUCCGACGCCAAGCCUUCCGACGAAGGCGUUGUGUCUGAAUCUAAUGAGAAGAAGAAGAGGUCGCCGUCGCCGACGAAGGCUAAAGGCCAAGCUUCCCAACCUGAGGAGAAGAAGCGGCCUUCCUCACCGAAGAAGGCCAAAACCUUGGAUGCCCCGAUGUGCGAGGGGAAGAAUACUACCCUAGAGCUGAAGAAGAAAGGCAGUGAGUUUGAUCCGAUGGCUGCUGCCUAUUGGAAGCCUGGUGAACCCGUGCCAUUCCUGUUCCUGGCUCGGGCACUUGAUCUCAUCUCCAAUGAGAGUGGCCGGAUUAUCAUUACAGAGAUCUUAUCAAAUGUGUUCCGGACUGUGAUUGCCACAACGCCAGAUGAUCUCCUUGCGACGGUAUACCUCUCAGCCAACCGGAUUGCGCCGCCUCAUGAGGGGAUUGAGCUUGGAAUCGGGGAUGCAUCAAUCAUCCGUGCACUUGCAGAGGCAUAUGGACGCAAAGAGGAGCAUGUCAAGAAGAACCUCAAGGAACUGGGUGAUUUGGGGCUUGUGGCGAAAGCAAGCAGGUCGUCACAGAAGAUGAUGUACAAGCCAAAACCACUGACCAUAGCUCGGGUGCUUAACACUUUUCGGACAAUUGCAAAGGAAUCAGGCAAAGACAGUCAAGAUAAAAAAAGAAAUCACAUCAAGGGACUUCUUGUUGCUGCAACUGACUGUGAACCUCAAUAUAUUACACGUCUUCUUCAGUCGAAGAUGAGGAUCGGGUUGGCAGAGAAAACUGUGCAAAUGGCUCUUGGGCAAGCUGCCGUAUAUUCUGAAAAAAAAGCUUCACCACCAAAAGUUCAAUCACCUUUUGAAGAGGCUGCAACAAUAAUUAAACAAGUAUAUUCAGUUCUUCCAAUCUAUGAUAAAAUUGUCCCAGCGCUACUUGAAGUUGGAGUUUGGAAGCUUCCAGAAACAUGCAAAUUUUCCAUAGGUGUUCCCGUUGGUCCUAUGUUAGCAAAAGCAACAAAGUCUGUCUCGGAGAUCAUUGACAAAUUCCAGGGUCUUGAGUACACUUGUGAGUACAAGUAUGAUGGUGAACGGGCUCAGAUACAUUGCAUGGAGGAUGGAUCAGUAGAGAUUUAUAGUCGGAAUGCUGAAAGGAACACUGGAAAGUAUCCAGAUGUUGUUGAUGCGGUUUCUAGAUUCCGUAAGCCUACAAUCAAAUCGUUUGUCUUGGACUGUGAAAUUGUUGCCUAUGACUAUGAAAAGCAGAAAAUUUUACCUUUUCAGAUACUUAGCACAAGGGCCCGCAAGGGUGUUACCAUAAAUGACAUAAAAGUUUCAGUCUGUACUUUUGGCUUUGAUAUUCUUUACUUAAAUGGGAAACCUCUUCUCCAGGAACAACUCAAAGUUCGUCGAGAGCAUCUUUACAACUCUUUCGAGGAAGUACCAGGUGUUUUUCAAUUUGCAACUGCAAUUACAUCAAAUGACCUGGAGGAGAUACAGAAAUUUCUUGACAAAGCUGUCAACUCCAGUUGUGAAGGGUUGAUUAUCAAGACAAUGGAUAAAGAUGCUACAUAUGAGCCAGCAAAGCGAUCAAACAAUUGGUUGAAACUGAAGAAGGACUACAUGGACAGCAUUGGAGACUCUUUGGACUUGGUACCUAUUGCUGCCUUUUUCGGGAGAGGAAAAAGAACAGGUGUCUAUGGAUCAUUCCUCCUGGCAUGCUAUGAUGAGCAGAACGAAGAAUAUCAAACAAUAUGCAACAUAGGUACUGGGUUUUCUGAACAACAGCUUGAAGAACGUUCUGUGAGCCUUCGAAGUAAAGUGAUAGAAAAACCAAAGCCAUACUAUAGAUUUGCUGACACAAUGGAUCCAGACGUGUGGUUUGAGCCAUCAGAGGUGUGGGAGGUCAAAGCUGCGGAUUUGAGCAUAAGUCCUGUACAUCGUGCUGCUAAUGGUAUAGUCGAUCCAAAUAAGGGCAUCUCCCUAAGAUUCCCUCGUUUGUUGCGAGUACGUGAUGAUAAAAGCCCAGAAGAAGCGACCACAUCUGAACAAGUAGCUGACAUGUAUCGGGCUCAAAAGAUAAAUCACGCAUAUAAUCAGGAGGAUGAGGAUGAUGACUAAUACUGACCCAAUUAUUUGCAUUGGAUGCAUGACUCAUCGAGGACAUUGACAAGAGAAUACAUUUCUAGGGUUUUGCUUCAUCCUGAUCCGAGCAGCUUGUAUCCUGCUUGUGCUGUUGUAUCCUGCUUCCUUUUUUGUCUUCUUUUUUUCAUGCGGGAUCUGUAAGUUGUCCCUUAUGCUCCAUCAAACUGUUGUGCAGCGUAGGGAAUCGGAGAUGUACUGACACUAAUCCAUGAUGUACAUAUGGUAGCACUAAUAUGCAUCAUUCUUUUCCUUUGAA